AUGCGCCACCACUGCCACGCGCAUUACCGUCCAGUAGUCUACUUCGACAUCGCAGCCGACUUGUCGCUUUUGGGUCGAAUCGAGAUGGAACUGCGUCCCGAUGUUGUCCCGAAGACUGCCGAAAACUUCCGAAUGCUCUGCACUGGCGAGUUGGGCUUCGGCUACCUGUACUCGGUAUUCCACCGCAUCAUACCCGGCUUCAUGUGCCAGGGUGGAGACUUCACCAACCAGGACGGCACUGGCGGAAGGUCCAUCUACGGGCCCACCUUCGAGGACGAGAACUUCCAGCUGAAGCACACGUGCCUGGGUACGCUGUCCAUGGUUAACACUGGUCGGAACACCAACGGGUCGCAGUUCUUCAUCACCACGAACGAGGCCGAGUGGUUGGACGGCAAGAACGUGGUGUUCGGUCAAGUCAUCGACGGGUUUGAGAUCGUCAAAAAGAUGGAAAACCUCGGCACUCCGACCGGACGCACAACAAUGAGGGUUUCCAUCGCGGAUUGUGGGCAACUUCGUUAG